AUGGCCAGACAACCUAGCCUUCUCUUUCUCCUCCUAGCUCUCUUUUUGAUAUUCACUGUGCUAUUCAACCCCAUACAAGCCCGUCCUCUUAGCGUUUCGAACCACCACCACCACCACCACCACCACCACCACCAUGCCGAGAUGAAAUCAAAUCCUAGCCAUGGAGGGAAGAGUCAUCAACAUAAUCAUGAAGCAGUACUUCUUGCGCUCCGUGGUAUCAAGAACACCGGUCCAAGCCCCGGGGAAGGGCACUCAUUUGUCAAUGGUGCUCAUCCUUGA